UUGAAAACCUUGCAGCUUUAAUGAUUUAAUAGCAAUUCGAAGCACGGCUCCGUUCUCAAAGCGGGAUGAAGCUCUCGAGCAGCGUGAGGCUCCUGAGGGCGGCGGCGCCGCGGCCCGGCCGCGCCCGUUCCCGCCCUUUCCCGGCCGCGGGAGGCGCUGAGGCGGCGGCGGAGCCGCGGGAGCGGCGUGAGGGCCGUCCGGGACCCCGGGCCUUUGGGACCGGCGGGGCUCCCUUUGGGACCGGCGGGGCUCCCUUUGGGACCGGCGGGGCUCCCUCUGCUGCGAAGGGAGGUGCGAGCAGCGCUGUCCCUGCCGCCUGUGCGUCCCCUCAGGCUGCAGCUGACGGCCCAAGUCUCCCUUGCUGCUCUGAGGUGCAGACUGUUAAAGAGAUACCCAUAAUAGGUGCAGGAAAAGAUCUCACCAUGGCACCAUCAGGAAGAAAGCAUGGAGGAAAAGCUGGUAAACCAGCACAGGAAGAUCAGACCAUACCUACUUUUGACUUUGAGGAGGAAAGAAAAGAACUGAGUGGAUCAGAGGAAGAUAUUAGAGAAGGUGACAUACCAGUAAUGGACAAGCAUGGAAAGAAAAGACCUCUGGUGACUACUCAUGUGGCUCCAGAUGAUGUGGGGGGUGAAGUACAGAAUAUGUUGGAGAGAUUUGGAGCUGACAUUAACAAGGCUCUCUUAGCUAAGAGGAAACGAUUAGAAAUGUACACAAAAGCCUCACUCAAAACCAGUAACCAGAAGAUUGAACACGUUUGGAAAACGCAGCAGGAGCAAAGGCAGAAGCUCAAUCAUGAGUUCUCCCAGCAGUUCCUGACUUUAUUUCAGCAGUGGGAUGUAGAUGUGCAAAAGGCAGAGGAGCAGGAAGAAAAACUUGCGAAUAUGCUUCGCCAGCAACAAAAGGUUUUUCAACAGGCAAGAAUAGUUCAAAGUCAGCGACUGAAGACCAUUAAGCAACUUUAUGAGCAAUUCUUAAAGAGCAUGGAAGAGCUGGAGAAGAGCAAUGAAAAUCUUCUGGCCGGUGCCCAAAACGAACUUCGCAAGGAAAUGGCGAUGUUGCAGAAGAAGAUUAUGAUGGACACUCAACAGCAGGAGAUGGCAACUGUUCGCAAGUCUCUUCAGUCCAUGUUAUUCUGAUGGCUCAGUGGAGAAGCAACUUGUACCUAAGUAACACGAUACAAGUACAGGCAUUAGAAGGAUGUUGAGAUUUAAAUGUUUCAAGGUUCCUAUUAAACUCUUUCCUGGAUUGUUCUAA